AUGAGUGGUGGAGCUGGGAUUCGAACCCAGGGCUCUGGCCCCCGUGUCUGUGCUCCUUACUACGUGGCUCCAGUUGCUCUAGAUACGGCCUGGAAGAGAAUCUUCUGGCGGCAGAUCCUACUUACACUUGGCCUCUUAGGCCUGUUUCUGUAUGGCCUCCCUAAAUUCAGGCAUCUGGAAGCCCUCAUCCCCAUGGGCGUCUGCCCUUCGGCCACAAUGUCCCAGCUGAGAGACAACUUCACAGGUGCCCUGCGUCCCUGGGCCCGGCCUGAAGUUCUGACCUGUACCCCCUGGGGGGCUCCCAUUAUUUGGGAUGGCUCUUUCGACCCAGAUGUGGCCAAGCAAGAGGCUAGACAGCAGAACCUCACCAUUGGGCUGACUAUCUUUGCUGUAGGCAGAUACCCGGAGAAGUACCUGGAGCGCUUCCUGGAGACGGCGGAGCAGCACUUCAUGGCGGGCCAGAGCGUGAUGUACUACGUGUGCACCGAGCCUCCGGGAGCGGUGCCCCGCGUGGCGCUGGGCCCGGGACGCCGGCUGCCCGUGGAGCGCGUGGCGCGCGAGCGGCGCUGGCAAGACGUGUCGAUGGCGCGCAUGCGCACGUUGCACGCGGCGCUGGGCGGGCUGCCGGGCCGCGAGGCGCACUUCGUGUUCUGCAUGGACGUGGACCAGCACUUCAGCGGCACCUUUGGGCCCGAGGCGCUGGCCGAGUCGGUGGCGCAGCUGCACUCCUGGCACUACCACUGGCCGUCGUGGCUGCUGCCCUUCGAACGCGACGCGCAUUCGGCCGCCGCGAUGGCGUGGGGCCAGGGCGACUUCUAUUACCACGCGGCGGUGUUCGGGGGCAGCGUGGCGGCGCUGCGCGGGCUGACGGCGCACUGUGCGGGGGGCCUGGCCUGGGACCGCGCGCGCGGCCUGGAGGCGCGCUGGCACGACGAGAGCCACCUCAACAAGUUCUUCUGGCUGCACAAGCCCGCCAAGGUGCUGUCGCCCGAGUUCUGCUGGAGCCCGGACAUCGGCCCGCGGGCCGAGAUCCGCCGCCCGCGACUGCUGUGGGCGCCCAAGGGGUACCGGCUGCUGCGGAACUAGCGCCGCCGCCGGCUCCCGGCCCUCCGGCUUCUCCGCCGGCCCAGCCGGCCCGGCCUCGCUCCCGCUCCGGGCGUCUUCGGCCCCGGGAAGAUGUGGAGUGGGAGUCACUAGAGGAAGAGAUCCUGAAACCGGGCGGGGCCCUUCUGGACGCUGAUGGCGCUCUGGAGAGCAGAGAGAUAGUGGAUACAAAAGCCCUACCCGCUUCGUGUGCGCCAGUCCGUGGGAGUGGGAGUAGGAGGGAGAGCUCCUCGCCUUUGGGGAGCUCCUCACUUCAAGAGAAAAAUCCCCUUCCCUUAGCUUAGCAGUGAGCGAGGCUCAACUGCAGUAGAGCCCCGAGCUAUCAGCCUGUAGACCUUUCACCCCUGAGCCUGCAGAAUGCAGCUGGUGUCUCUGGAGAUGUUUUAGUCCCACCUGCAACCCCUUUUUUAAAUGAGGAGACUGAGAUACAAAAGAGGAAACAUAACUGCCCAAGGACACAGAGGGUCCGAGUCACUGUGAUGUCAGCGGCUGGAGAGGCGUGGCUGGCCCCUCGGGAUGUCUCUGGGCAGGAGCCACAGGAAGAAACACAGGGGGCACCCCGUCAUUGGCUCUGCCCUUUUACCUCCCCUGCUCAUAAGCAUGGUUUGUACAUAUUUCAGUAAUAUUAUGAUAAAUUAUUCCUGUGCUGCGAGACAAAGUAGCAAACAUAAGAAGCCAUGUUUGCUCCUUUCCCUUGCCAGCAUAAUUUCACAAAACCCUAACUGUGACAGCAUAUAGCUGUCAAAACAAAAAACACAGCUCCCCACGUCCCUUGCCAGAGUCACUAUAUUCCCUAAAAAAAUAAGUGACUCUAGAUAUAUCUCCAUAUAAGAUAAUGUCAGUUGGAGUUAAUGAUCAUGCUUCUAUAAACUAUAACCAGAUACACUCUUACACACAAACUUAGAUAUAAUUUUACGCAUACUGAAGCUUCACCACCUAUAUCUAAACUCUAAACUAAAAUACUACAUUCAGGCCGGGCAUAGUGGCUCAUGCCUGUAAUCCCAGCACUUCGGGAGGCUGAGACACACAGAUCACUUGAGGUUAGGAGUUUGAGACCAGCCUGGCCAACAUGAUGAAACCCCAUCUCUACUAAAAAUACAAAAAUUAGCAGGGCGUGGUGGCACACACCUGUUAAUCCCAGCUACUGGGGAGGCUGAGGCACAAGAAUCGCUUGAACUCGGGAGGCGAAGGUUGCAGUGAGCCGAGAUCGUACCACUGCACUCCAGCCUGAGUGACAGAGCAAGACUCUCAAUAAAAUAAAUAAAAUACUACAUUCAAAGCGUCUGAUAGAACCUUCUAAAGAGCUCCUCCCGGGCCAUAGGCCUUGGUCGAUGGUCCUCAAUAAGACUUCUAAGUGACACUAACUUUAAUUAUUUAAAAACUUACUUUUAUUCUUUAGUUGACAUUCCCAAAUUGUUAUUAUGGCUUUUUCUCCUAGACAAAGUCCAAAAUGACAUUUUCUGGCCUGGGGGCGAUAGCAGGGUGACAUUUGGCCACAGUAUCUGGGAGGGAAGUUUCCACAUCCGUGGCAGCUGUCUAGACUUCUGAUCCCCAGUGGGGAAACACAGGCUCUGAAUAGGAGUGUGAAGGCGUCAGACCCUCCCAGGAAGGUGGUCACAGAGCCAAGGAGAUAGGGAAGGUAGCCACUGAAGCCCCUGAGAUUUUGUCUGACAUUUGGGAAAACUGGGGCCCUGAGAGACUGGGAUUUCACCCUGGCUCUCCUGAAUCUUUUACGUAGUAUUGUCACCAACCUUGCAUUUUAAUAGCCUCCACUCCCAGGUAGGGCAGCAAUUCUUGCUAUUUACCAGGCCCAGCUAUUGACGAUAAGAGAGAUCUGU